CUUGGCCGGCGACGUGAGGGCGCUCGGCAGGGCGUCGUCGUCGGUCGUCUUCCCGCGCGGGCGGCCCGGGGCGAGGGCCAGCGUCAGGUUGCGGAUGGCGAGGCCUUGCAGGUGUCGCAGCCGGCGGUUCUAAGCGGUCAGACAGGCGUCAGACAGGCGUCAGACAGGACGCGGCCAGGCGGCGGCAGUACGCACAUAGGGCAGCAGCCACGGCCGCUCGCGCGCCGGCGCCUCCGGAGUGGCCAUUGAUGCGUCCUGAAGCUGCGGCGGUCGUCGUCGUGCGUCGUCAGGCUGCCGUGCUUCGUGAGCCGUCGGGGUCGGGGGUCGGAGCUCAAGAAGCGGCCCGUGCGGGUGUCGUCGAACUUUCAGCACCACGCCCUCUCUCCCACCCACCGCCGCCAUGCCCCGCAACCUCGCCCGCCUGCGGUACCGCCUGCCGCCCAAGCCCGUGUCGUUCGUGGGCGCCGCCAAUGGCCGCCCGGAGCUGCUCGAGCGCCGCGCCGCCCAGUACGUCGUGCGCCAGUCGAACCCGCGCCACGUGAAGCUGCAGACGGUCGUCAACGUCAAGGCGAAGCCGCUGCCGACAGGCCAGUACGGCGUGCGGCCCAUCAAGCCCUACACCCUGCGCGAUGUCGUCGACCCGGACGGCGCCGCCGCCCACGGCCAGAUCAUCUACGUCUUCCGCAGCGUGCGCACCAACCAGGUGCUGUACUCGCUGCAGGAGCUGCUGGAUGACCACCACCUCGCCCAGCUGCCCUUCAUCGGCAAGCACUCGGUCCCCGCCGCCCUGCGCCCCGACGAGUGGCAGCCGCACUGCGUCCUGACCUUCCCGACCGCCGCCCAGGGCCACAAUGCCUUCCGCAAGCUGCGCGAGUUCCGCAAGCUGCACGAGACGUCGUGGGACAAGACGAACCCCGGCUGGACCCAGCUGAAGGUGUCGCUGCGCAUCCGCAAGAUCAUGGACCAGCGCGCCAACACCACUGCCGACAUCGCCGAGGUCCUGCGCCUGCAGGAGGCCCACGGCGCCGUCAUGGCCGCCGCGCUCGCUGAGCAGGAGAAGCACGCCGCCGCCUGCAUCGACAAGAAGUGGGCCGACAUCGCCGCCAUCGCCGCCGCCAACACCACCUACUCCCACGCCACCGCCACCAGCAACGCCAACUGGCUCGAGCACGAGAUCCGCCGCCUGGACCAAAAAGUCAAGAUGAAGCACAUGCAGAAGGACGCCGACCAGAAGUCGCUGGCCGCCACCCGCGCCUCACACGAAGCGCGACUGAAGCGCGUCCAGCACGCCCUGCGCAAAACCGCGCAGCUGAAAAAGGCCGAGCAGGACCUCACCGCUCUCGCGGCCCCCGCCAACGAGCCCGGCGCCGAGGACCGCCUCACCGCGCUCCGCGACGAAACAGCCGCCCUGCGCGCCCGCCUCGCAACCCCAGACCCCACGCGCUCGCGCACCGCCCUCGAAGCGACCACCGCCGACCUCGCAACCGCAACCGCCGCGCUCGAGUCCCUCGAAGCCGCCUUCGCCGCCCGCGACCAGCUAUCCACCCGCUCCCACCCCAUCGCCCGCUCCGUCCUACCGCCCGCCCUCAAAACGCCCCUGCCCACCCCGUACUCCCUCGACGGCGUAAGCGUGCGCUGGGCCGAUAUGCAGGACGCCCUGUUCGCGGCGGGGUCGUGGCCCGACGCCAUUGCGCACGAGGAGCUGGGCGUGAAUAAGAAUAGGUUCGCGACGGCGUAUCUUAGUGCGGAGGAGUUUGAGGUCGAGAAGCAGGCCGAGGUUGGGCGGAUUGUGGGGGUGUUGAGGCCGGGGAGUGUGGAGGAGGGAGAGGGGCUUGAGGAGGUGCAGCAUGUGGCCGAGGGGAUGGGGAGAGAGGAGGAGAAGACGGGCGUGUUGGGGAUGUUGGGGAGGGUUAAUCCGUUUAAGAGCGCGAGGGCUUAAGCUUAAGCCCGGGAUUUUGUUGAUGUGCGUGGGAGGCUUUGUGGGUCGAGCAGAGCGUGUUAACUUGUAUAGUAUGGCAGGGGGUUGUAGUAUAUCACACCGCCGCGCGCCCGGGCGAAAGGGCGCGGGCGCGGGCUCGUGUACAAUACCAUCAGUUCUUCGGUUCUCGCGUUAUCCAGCCCCCCAUGUAUCUAGAUGUCUGGGUCCUUGUCCUCUCGCUCCUUCGUUUCUCCGGUCCUGCAAUGCGUCGCGUCUUGCGUACUGCGAUGCUUCAGUCCUCUGAUGAUUCAGUCCCUGAUGUCUCCAAUCUAAUCCAAUCCGCCAAUAUCAUAUCCCG